AUGUCGCGAUGGUCAGAGCUGCUAGGACGUUCCAAUGUCAGCGAUGCUCUCGAACAUUCGCGAGACUGGAGCAUUUGCAACGUCAUGAUCGAUCCCGUGCGUUUAUCCGGAUAUAUCGUAUGCGAUCCUAGAACUGACGCUGUCCCAGAUACCAAGGAGAAGCCAUUCGUGUGCGAUAAAUGUCCCAAGUCAUUCACACGCAAGGAUCUCCUGGCCCGUCAUGAACGUCUCGCACAUAACGCCCAAUCAGGCGAUGUAGCCCAGCCAUCUAGCUCGCCGCCGUCAUCUCAUCUCGGAAUGGAUGGAUUGAACAUGCUAGCCUCAGCUAUCACGGACUACUCCUCAGCCGGCCCCGCCACUACAGCCCAGGAUGAACAGCAGAUACGUGCUGGAAGCCAGCCGUUCACUCCGCAUCUGACCCCUACAGUGUCAACAUCGCCUCAUCCAGGAUCCCAGGCACAGGCUGGGUUCACCGAACCGUUCAGUGCGUUUGGCCCAUCCGCCACCUACGACGGUGACGAUUUCACCUCGUUUCUGGAUAGCAUCCCCCUGCCCAGUCAUCCGUUCUCUCCAACAUACCAGCCUUUGCCUUUGUUCCCUGCAUUCCAUUUCGAUACACAGCCAGUUUAUGACCACUCUCCUGCGAGAGAAGGCGUCCCAGAUCACGUGGCAGCCCCCUCCAGCUCUGUCCUUCCUCGACAUGGGACUCAACUACCGUCUCUCCAACCGGAGGAAACCCACACCGCCCACAAGGGACGCCAGCCCAGAAGUUCAAUAUCUGUCACGACGCAGUGCAGAGAUCGAAUCGUGGCUGCGUUGCUGGACUACGCUAAUGUGAUACCCGACCCGUUUGUCCCCUCCAGACAUGCGCUAUCAAGGUGUCUCACUGGUUAUCUCACCGGCUUCCAUGACCAUUACCCUUUCAAACAUAUUCCCACCCUCAACGUUGAUACCCUGCCUCUUCACCUCUUUCUAUCCAUGGCUGCACUAGGAGCCCAGUAUUGCCGUGAGCCAGAUACAAGCCUGAGCCUCUACCACGUUGCCAGAGUCGUGACGAUGGAACAUAUCCGCCGGGAAUUCCAGUGGACGAUGAAUAAAGCAGACCCCAGCGCCAACAAAUCCAGAAAUGGCCCUUCCGACUCCGAGGACCAGGACAUCAUGGAAACUGUACAAGCAUUGCUGCUGCUUACAUCGGUUUCAGGUUGGUUUGAGCAUAAACCACCGUAUUCCGAAGCUUUGUAUAUGCGGAGCUUCAUGGAAACCCUACUGAGGAAAAAGGGUCUCAAUACCCUCCCAACCCAAGACGGCUCCUGGGACAGCUGGAUACGGAGCGAGGAACGAAAACGCACCACUCUGGUGGUUUUUUGUUUCUUCAACAUCCACACCAUUGUGUUUGACCUGCCGCCAAUGAUUCUGACAGAAGAAAUCGCCCUGAACCUACCCUGCACCGAGAAAGAGUGGCAGGCGACCAGCGCAGAGCAAUGGAUGGCAGAAAGAACCCCAGGCAAAGUUGAACCGAAACUGCAGGACGCGCUCUGCUCGCUCUUCACCCACGGACCCAGCAGCAAGGGACGUCUGGACAGUUUCUCGUCGAUGGGCGGAUAUGUCUUAAUCCAUGCCAUUCUCCAGAAUAUCUGGCUGAUUCAGAAAACCUACCGACUCCCGGGCCUGAACCGCAACAGCCUGUCCGCCGCGGAGAUAACCUCCUUAGAACAAGCGCUCGAGCAUUGGUGCCAGUGCUGGGAGCACAAUCAGGAGUCCUCCAUCGAUCCGUUCAACCCACACGGACCCCUAUCCUUUACAUCGACAGCUCUCCUCCGCCUGGCCUAUAUCCGCCUAAACGCUGACUUUAGCUCUGCCCGACGCCUCCAAACCUGGAAACCCGACCAGAUCGCCCGGUCCUUGAAGGAAAACCUCUCCGUCCAACGGAGUGACCGUCUGACGAGGGCGGCACUGCAUUGCGCACACGCGCUCAGCACACCCAUCAAGCUCGGGAUCAAUUUCGUGGCCCAUACGCACGUGGCCUCAUGGUCGAACCAGUACGCCCUGUGUUCGUUGGAAUGCGCUGUACUCCUUGCAAAGUGGCUGGAGGUAGCGACUGUGUCCAACCCAGAGCCUCCACUCACGGAGCAAGAAAGCAAGCUCCUAGAGUUUGUGAUUGAGAUGGUUAUGGAGACUCAGCAUGUGGUAUCCAGGGACUGGCUGUUGGCGAAUAACACUCGGCUUAGCGCUAUUGUCACGCGACUGUGGGCUCGUCUGUUCACGGCGGAUUAUAUCUGGGAGCUUGUCAAUCUGAUCGGACGGUCAUUGAAGAGUUAUGCCGAUAUACUCGAGAUGAAUGACUGA